UCCUUCCUUCCUUCCUUCCUUCCUUUCUUUCUUAAAAGCUAUUAUCUCAUGUAAGAGUCAAGUAUCACUGGCCAUAUUGUUUCUCCUUUCUCUUCUAAACUGACUAGCUUUGAAAAACUCCUCAUCCUUUUUUUGAUGUCCACAGUCAAUCCAAAUAAAACCUUAUCAAGAUUCUUUUUUCUAGGAAAACACUCUUCUGGGCUCCAACUACUAUAGGCUAACUUUUGAGGUAGUCAUUUAUGAUUCAUAAAACAGACAGGUAGUAGUGGUAUCCAAAGUUUUCUAGGAAGGAACCCUUGGGUCACCAAAUCCUUGUAAAAUCCCAAGGAUCUUUAAUAUGCAGAAAUUAAGAACAAGAACUUCUUAGAGUCUCUUUUUGGUCUUAAAGGUUCACAGACUUGAGAUGAAGAGUUUUGGGGUAUUUUCUUAAAUCCUUGCCUUCCAUUCUAGAAUUCAUACUGUGUGUUGGUUCCAAGGAAGAAGAGCCUUUAAGGCUAGGCAAUGGUGGUUAAGUGACUUGCCCAGGGUCAUAGAGCUAGGAAGUGUCUGAGGUAGCAUUUGAAACCAGAACCUUGUAUCUCUAGACCUGGCUCUCAAUCCAGUGAGCAACCUAGCUGCCAUCAGUUGUUUUUAAAAGUGACUCUACUUCUUUUCUCUCAUCCAAACUCAACUAUUUACUCCUUUUCUUGCCCUGGCUCUCUAAAGGUUGUCUCACUUUAGUGUUGUAGGAUGGAUUGUGGCUUGUUCUUAACCUGCUGUUUCGUUCGAAAUUUGUGAAAAAAAAAACCUAAUGAUUGCAACAAGGAAUAGAAAGGGCUCCAGCAUAGACUAAAAGCUGAGCUCCUUUUAAACGAACUUAAAAAUAAUACUUAUAUUUGUGGUUUGGGGCAAAGUUGUGAAUAUUUCAACAUUGAUGCAGAUGCCCUGUAGAAAAUAUUACAAACUUCGUCCAAUUCAGACCAGAAUUUAAGAUAUGGUGUCUGAUAAGAGGUACAGAUUAUUUAGGAAAUUGGCAGCAUUACAGAGAAUAAUAAAACGAACCGCAUGGUGGCGCUGCAAACUAAGAAUUACGUUAAUGCGGAGAAAGACAGUCGAGAACGAGAACAGAGCUUGGUUAGCUGGACCUGGGAGAAAGGACCCUCUGCCCUGCAUAAUUCUCAGAUUUCAGCAGAACUGAAGACAACUGUAGCCUCUGGUUGCCAUUUGCGGUCAAGCUGAGCUACAAAGAUUGAGAGGAGAGGGCAAAGGGAACAAUGGAGCGGGAAGGGGCCAUGAUUCUACAACAAAGGCAAGUUAUUUUUCUCUUUAUUCUAUUGGGUGUGUCUGGGGCAGCUUCCGAACUGGAGCAGUUUUCCGUAGUGGAGGAGAUGGAGAGAGGCUCCUUUGUGGCCAAUGUGGCAAAGGGCUUGGGUCUGGAUGCCCAGGAAUUGUCAAAUCGGGGGGUCAGAGUCGCUUUCAAAGGGAACAAAGAGUAUUUACAGCUGCACCCUAAAACUGGGGAUCUAUUCCUGAGAGAGAAACUGGACCGAGAGGAUCUGUGCGGCUCCAUUGAGCCCUGUGUGCUGCCUUUCCAGAUCUUAUUGGAAAAUCCCUUUCAGAUUAUUCGGGCUGAACUGAUAGUGGAAGACAUUAAUGAUCAUUCACCAGCGUUCCUAGACAAUGAAAUGAUACUGAAAAUUCCGGAGAACACCUUCCCCGGAAGUGUAUUUGUGCUAGAAAAUGCGCAGGAUUUGGAUGUAGGAAGCAACAGUCUACAGGACUAUAAAAUCAGCCCUAAUUCUCAUUUCCACAGUCAAAUUCAGGACAGUAGCAAGGGUAGGAUAUACCCAGAGCUUGUACUGAAUAAAGCCCUUGAUCGAGAGGAACUGUCUGAAAUUCUAUUAAUUCUCACUGCAGUGGAUGGUGGAGUCCCACCAAGGUCUGGGUCUGCCCAAGUCCGAGUCAUCAUAGUGGAUAUCAAUGACAAUGCACCUAUAUUUAUUCAGUCUCAGUAUGAGGUUCAGAUCUCUGAAAACAUCUCAGUUGGAUCCAAGGUUGUCACAGUCUCAGCCACAGAUUUAGACAUAGGGAAUUAUGGAGAAAUAUCUUACACAUUUUUGCAUGCUUCUGAAAACAUUCGUAAAACUUUUCAUCUCAAAGAGAAAUUGGGAGAACUUUACUUAAAGGAAAAAGUGGAUUUUGAGUCAAUUCAAUCUUAUACAAUAAAUAUUCAAGCCACAGAUGGUGGGGGACUUUCAGGAGAAUGUACUGUUAUUGUUCAAGUGAUGGAUUUAAACGAUAAUCCUCCAGAGCUGACCAUGUCUUCACUUACCAGCCCCAUCCCAGAAAACUCACCUGAAAUUGUGUUCGCUGUUUUCAGCGUUUCAGAUCUAGACUCUGGGGAAAAUGGAAGGAUGGUUUGCUCCAUCCAAGAUGACCUUCCUUUUUCCCUAAAACCUUCUGUUGAGAACUAUUAUACACUGGUAACAGAAGGAGCACUGGACAGAGAGAGAAGAGCUGAAUACAAUAUCACCAUUACUGUCAUGGAUUUGGGGUCCCCAAGGCUCAAAACUGAACACAAUAUCACCAUAUGGAUCUCUGACAUCAAUGAUAACCCUCCAGUGUUUACUCAGACAACCUACAAACUGUACCUCCAGGAGAACAACAGCCCUGCCCUCCACAUUGGCAGUGUCAGUGCCAAGGAUAGGGACUCAGGAAUCAAUGCCAAAGUCACAUACUCCCUGCUGCCCCCAGAGAAUGGAGACCUGCCUCUCUUCUCCUACAUCUCCAUCAACUCAGACAAUGGCCAUCUCUAUGCUCUGAGAUCCCUGGAUUAUGAAACCAUCCAAGUUUUCCAGUUCACGGUGACAGCAACUGAUGGUGGUUCCCCAUCUCUGAGCAGCCAGGCUUUGGUUCAAGUUGUGGUACAGGAUAUGAAUGACAACUCUCCCUUUGUGCUGUACCCCUUGCAGAAUGGCACAACUCCCUGCAAUGACCUGGUGCCCAGAACUGCAGAGCCAGGUUACUUGGUCACUAAGGUUGUGGCUGUGGAUAGAGACUGGGGACAGAAUUCCUGGCUUUCCUACCAGCUGCUCAAGGCCACUGACCCAGGACUCUUCACUGUGUGGGCCCACAAUGGGGAAGUUCGAACAGCAAGACCCAUCAGUGACAGAGAUGCCAUCAAGCAGAGGCUCCUGGUUCUGGUGAAGGACAAUGGGCAGCCUCCUCUGUCCACAGCAGCCACCUUGAAUGUUCUCCUGGUGGAUGGCUUCUCUGAGCCCUACAUGCAAUUUCCAGAUGCACCCAAGGAGCCAAUCCAGACUGAUUCCCUCACCACUUACUUAGUCAUUUCCCUGGCCUCUGUCUCCUUUCUCUUCCUGGUCUCUGUUAUUAUGGUCAUUGCUAUUCGCCUGUGGAAGAGGAAGAGGGAUGCCACUGAUGCUGCUCACUUCAAUCCAAAUGGUCCCUUCCCAAGUCACUUGGUGGAUGUCAGUGGGACAGGGACUUUAUCUCAGAGCUACCAAUAUGAGGUGUGCCUGACUACUGGCUCAGGAACCAGUGAAUUCAAGUUCCUGAAACCCAUUAUUCCCACCCUUCCUCCUGCCGAAGGAAAUGGGAAGGACUCUGUUGAAAACCCACACUUAUGAAAUAGCUUUUGCUUCACUUAACAAUUUGGCCUCAAAUUGUUUCAAUAGAUCUCGUACCCCCUAUAUUAGCUUUCUUUAUGUAGCAAAAAAUACACUUCUUAGAUAUCCAAUUUAUUAUAAUAUUCAUCCUCUUUUCCCUUUUCACAUUUUCUUUUUCUCUCAGAAUCCUGAACUUGAAAAGUCUUUAUUCUCUCAGGUUUUUAUUUUACUUUUGUAUAUGGGUUUUCUCCACAUUUCUCAAAUCUUUUCCUAAUUUUUAGGAAUGAAUGAAUUUUAGGACAUUACCCAGCACAUUGCAAACUUAAAUUUUAAUUCUUAUGGUCAAAUAAUUUAGCAAACAUAUUGAACUUAUUCAGCCUUGAUUUCUAUGGCAUUUCCUCCAUAUUGUAUCAUUUCCUGUAUCAUAUGUUAAAAUAAGUUUUCCAAAAUUCAUCCUUAUCUUGAUGAACACAGUUGUGCUCCUCUUGAAUUCCUGUCUGACUCUUUUGUUCCUCUUUUCAUUUUCUUUUGUGUUGUGAAAUUUUCAAAGAGGUGUCAUGAUUUUUCAACUUUGUUCUUCUGGUUAAUAUAAUUUUACACAUAGCAAUAGUAAUUUUUUCAUUAUAUUUGUAGGAUUAAGUUGAAUAAUAUUUUAAACAUUGUUCUUCAUUUUAAAUACUUUCUUUUUAUUAGGUGUUUUUAUUUUUUCUGAUUACAUGUAAACAAAACCUUUUUAACAUUCAUUUUUUGAAAUGAGAAAUUCUUCUUCCUUCCCUUCCCUUUCCUCUCAUUAAGAUGGCAAGCAUUUUGAUUUAGAUUAUAUAUGAAAAAUCAAGGAAAAUAAAGAAAGCAAAAAAGUACAUUUCAAUUGA